AUCAAACACCGUGUAUUUAUAUAGUGGUAUACAGUGGUUUUCCUCACAGUUCUUACAAACAGUUAAAUAGUGUUUAUCUAAGAUUUUUUUUUAUAAAGUUGUUAAUUUACACUCAACAUCAUGAAAUAUUCGAUGGUGUUACUUUUCGUGGUAGUUGUUUUGAUACAACAAUGUUUGAGUGCUCACUGUCAUCACGAAGGUGAAAAACCCGCUAAUCACGAUGGCCACGCGAGCCACGAAGGAACUGAUCACUCAGGCCAUAACCAUACAACAGGUGAUCAUACUGGCCAUAACCACGACGCAAUUGAUCACUCAGGACAUGACCAUACAACAGGUGAUCAUACUGGCCAUAACCACGACGCAAUUGAUCACACAGGACAUGACCAUAAAACAGGUGAUCAUACUGGCCACAACCACGAAGAACAUAAACACACUAAAUAAUAGUUAUUAAGCUAAGUACACAAUUGUGUAAAUACACCAUAAUCAAUUAAUAAAUUAAUAUUUUAUUAAAACUAAUAUGUCAUUCUCCGUAAUGUAAUUUAACUAUAUUAUUCUAUAGUGUAAUAACUAAUAUUGUAUAACAUUAUGAAAUAAAUUAAGAAUACUCAAUUUUUUAUUUAAUUAAUUCACCUUAUACCAAAUAAAAAAGGUACAACUAAUAAUAAUAUUGAUUAAUUAUGUAUUAGAUGACAGGAUACAAUAUAAGAAAUAUCAAUUAUAAAGGUAGUGAUAAUAAAGGUUUUUUAGGUCAAUAAAA